AGCUGAAGCAGGUGUGAGCUCCUCGUGGUGCAACCACACCAACGCACCUGACAGGCGGCUUUCGCAGGAUUACCUGGCCGUAGCUUUCAUACUCUAUUGAUGGGUGUACUUCAUGCAGUAGUCCAAUCAAUAUAUGGUAGGAGCCUCUCGCUCCGCUUGUAUACCUUUAGAGACAUCCUCACCUUGCAACGGAGCCUUCUGCUGCAGCCGAAUGCAAUCGUGAACGCACGGCCAGUCUCGGCAUUUGCGUCUAUUGUGCCAAUAACACGGCAGUUCAGCGGACUUACGUCUCUGCUCAUGAGCAUUGCGAGAGAGGAAUCAGCAGGCCAUGAGCUUAGAGGCGAACACCAUACCUGCGAUCGCUGUACCUUCACAUCAUACAUCUGCUCCAUCACCGCCGUUACACUCACCAGCGCCGUCUGUGGACUCCAGCGCCCUGGCGAGCGACGAUGAAACUCUGCACUUUACGAGGCCUAAGAUGGGAAGCCGCAAAAGCAGCGGUUCGAUGAUCGUGUCGCGCGAGGAUGCACAUAAUGUCGUGGUAGACCAGGAUAUCGAGGAAGGUGACGUGCGCUCGAUGUCACCAAGAAGAAACAGCGCAGAAGUCGAUCAAUUGGGCGAGGCAGCGCGAAAAGACUUGAUCGAGCAGGCCAAAGUGUUGCAGACGAGCCUGCAAGCGAUCGUUGACCGGGUCGAGGAAGUCAAGAGCGAGCACGAAAAGCUGGAGGGCGGCAACAAAUUCUUGCAGUCAUACAUCGGCGAGCUGAUGCAAACAUCCAAGAUUACGUCCUCGGCGCCACCAAAGAAAGGAAAAGGUCGCAGCAAAUAAAUCGAUCUUUCACGAACGUUGUGUAGUAUUAGCAUGGCAUUGCAGCAUCGCGCGGCUGUCUUCUGGGUGGGCGUUCAGUUAUGCGGCGUUAUUAGUGCAUAGCGAGUGAGAGUGCCUUUGGUACGGUUAUGGCUGUUUUUAAAACGGUCAUCAAAGCGAGACGACUGCUACCGCUGCAUGCUGGCGUUAACAACAAGGCCGUCGUAUGCGUUUCCAUGCCCAGUGCCGUUAUCCCCUCUACACCGCAUCUGCACGUAUGCCUUUGGUACUGGACCACGCGCCGCUAUGCAGGUGUAGCAACCCCACGAACAGGAGCGAGCUGCAUGCGCCGUCGACUCUUUACGCUACCGACUGUCCAGAAUUAACAUUACCUGUUUGCCGCCUUUCAGAUGGGCCGCAGAUAUCGAUCCACGUUAAUAAUACGAGAAACGAUACUAUAGCCGGCUACA